AUGGCUGCCCGUCGCUCCAACGGCUUUGGACCCCUGCUCCUCUUCGCCGCCGCUUGUUGGCUAGUGGACCUCUGGGUGUCCAGCACACUGCCGCACGACUUGGCGCUGGUCAUCGCCGAAGAUCCUCCCCAGAACGUCGAGCUCCCGCAGCACGAGGACGCCGGCUUCUUCACCAAGGUCUUCGCUGCCGCCGCGCAGGGUUGCACAGCCGCCCUUGUGGCUGCUGUCCUUUCCGCCAUGUGUGAGCCGCUUGUGAACCGCCUGCUGGUGAAGCGCAUGACGGUCUCCGAGGCCUGGGAGGAGAUGACCCUCAGCCUCGUUGCCACUUACUUCUUCACCACCUUCCCGACGAAUAUGCUGAAGUUUCCGGUCUUUGAGGUGAUCAACAGGGCCAUGACUUUCACAGACUUGUCGCCGGGAGUCAGUGGCCUGAUCAGUGGUUGGCUGUUCUGUACCAUCAUGCUUCCGGUGACCAACUACCGUUUCCGCAAGAGCAUGGGUUGGGAGAUCAAGACAUCGCUGCUGUACCAGGCUUACAUUCCAACGGUCGCCCGCGACAUUAUGUACGGCUGGGCACGUGGAAUGUCCGGAGACUGGCUGCAGGACACCAUCGCCCCGGUCACCUUCACCCACAAGGCCAUGGUCUUUGGCCUAACGAUCUGGGUAUCUUGCAUCAUUUCAUCUCCUUGCAAUGAAUGGCGAGGGUACACACUGCAGCUACCAGAAAGAAAGCUGCCUUUCAACAUCUACUUCAGGCCCAUCAACUAUGCGCGAUCUACAGGAAUCGGCUCUUGCAUCAUGGGCAUUGCAUUGAUGUUUGGCAUGCUGGUCACGCCUUACGCAGAGGAAGUCUUCACCCACAUGAAGGAACAUGCGGCCAUUGCUCUUAGCAUUGUUGCGGUGCUCGUCAUGGCGAUCGUGAUCAGUUUCGAUAUGCUGACGGUCAUCCAGAAGGAGCAGAAGCUGAGCUCUUACUCACUGAAUGCCGUCUCAGCCGAGUUCUUGGGAGAGCAGAAGGAGGAUGUGCACCACAGCAUGAUCGGCGACCUCUUCCUGGGCAGCGCUGAAAGCCGACGACGUCUGGCCGUCUACUGCUUGAAGGAUGCAUAUUUGCCCAUGCGCCUUAUGGACAAGCUCCUAUGCAUGUACAACUACGUCGAGAUGGCACGCGUGACGGGCACGCCGAUCAACUUCCUGCUGAACCGGGGGCAGAUGAUCAAAGUCCAGUCGCAACUCCUUCGCAAGGCGGGGCAGUGUGGCUUCGUGAUGCCGACUCAGAAAACGGAGGCUGCCGAUGGCAAGUUUGACGGUGCCACGGUGCUGGAGCCACGCACAGGAUUCUACCCCCAGCCCAUCGCGACCCUGGACUUCGCGUCCCUGUAUCCUUCAAUCAUGAUGGCGCACAACCUUUGCUAUUGCACGCUCCUGAAGCCUGAGCAGGUCCGAGAUCUUCAGUCGGAGGAGUAUACCAAGACCCCCAACGGCUGCUACUUCCUGAAGAGCUCUCGCCGAAGAGGGCUCCUUCCGAUGAUUUUGGAGGAGCUUCUGGCAGCGCGAAAGCGCGCGAAGAAGGCGAUGGCGGAAGCCACCGAUCCCCUCACGAAAUCCGUGCUCAACGGCCGACAGCUGGCGCUCAAGAUCUCGGCAAACUCAGUCUACGGCUUCACAGGCGCCACUGUGGGCGUGCUGCCGUGCCUGGACAUCUCCUCAUCCGUCACAUCUUUUGGGCGGACGAUGAUCGACCAUACCAAGCAGAUGGUUCAGGAGAAUUUCUGCAUCGAGAAGGGCUAUGCGCAUGAUGCAGAAGUCAUCUACGGAGACACAGACUCCGUCAUGGUGAAGUUUGGUGUCGACGAUGUCGCCGAGGCCAUGCGCUUGGGGCAGGAGGCGGCCGACCUGGUCUCGGCCACCUUCGCAAAGCCGAUCAAAUUGGAGUUUGAGAAGGUGUACUGCCCCUACCUGCUCAUGAACAAGAAGCGCUAUGCCGGCCUCUACUGGACGAACCCGGACAAGUACGACAAGCUGGACGCCAAGGGUAUCGAGACCGUCCGCCGCGACAACUGUGGUUUGGCCCGACACCUGGUGGACAUGUCGCUGCGCACGAUCCUGAUCGACAAGUCAGUUCCCAAGGCCAUUGAGCUUGUGCAGAAGGCGGUCUCCGACCUCCUCCAGAACAAGAUUGACUUGUCCCUCUUGGUGAUCACGAAGUCCUUGGGCAAGGGUGCCCACGCUGAGGACUACAGCGCGAAGCAGGCGCAUGUGGAGCUUGCAGAGCGGAUGCGAAAGCGGGAUCCCACCACAGCACCGGGAAGUGGAGAUCGGGUGCCCUAUGUCAUCUGCGCCGGGGCAAAGAAUGCCAAGGCUUAUGAGCGCUCCGAGGAUCCCCUUUUCGCGCUCGAGAACAACAAGUCCAUCGAUGCCAACUACUACAUCGAGCAUCAGUUGCAGCUGCCGCUACUUCGUAUCUUCGGCCCUAUCAUGGGCAACGAUGACAAGGCCCAGUCUCUGCUCUUCAACGGCGACCACACCCGAAAGGUUCACGCGCCCACGCAAGAAGGCGGAGCUUUGUCGAAGUUUAUUACGAAGAGCCUGCGAUGCAAAGGCUGUAAGGCGGUGAUCAAGCAGGGCAUGCUUUGCGAGCACUGUGCCAAGGAGAAGGCUGCGGAGGUGGUUGUGGGUCAGAUGAAGGAUUUCCAAGAGAAGGAGCAAGAAUACAAUCGCUUGUGGACUCAGUGCCAGCGCUGCCAAGGAAGUCUCUUGGAGCCUGUGAUCUGCUCCAACCGCGACUGCGACAUAUUCUACCGCCGGGCGAAGGCUCGGAAAGAUGUGCAGCUGGCACAGGAGCAGCUUAGCCGAUUGAAGCUGGACUGGUGA